AUGACGAAGAAAAGUCAACAAGAAGUUUCUAAUAAUUUGAUUUCAGGAGGAAUUUUACAAGAAAUUAAAUCAUAUCGACCAUUACGUUUAUUUAUUAAUAAACAAAAAAAGAAAGGAAGUGAUAUUAAUCCAUUUGCUUUACGAUCGAAAUUUCUUCAAUUACCAACAGAAAAACAAACAAAAUAUUUUCAAAAAUCUAUUGAUAAAUAUAUUCAAUUACUUGAUGAAAAGAAUAUUAAUGAGCAUGUGCAAAUCGAAGGCAAAUUAUUUGAAAAUCUGUUGUCAAAAUCAGAACAAAAAAAAUAUUUUGAUGCAAUUAAUGCACCAACAAAACCAGUGAGUACAGCAGCAGCUUAUUAUGCUGAAGUUAAAAAACAAGAACAUGAUAAUAAUGCACGAGCAUGGAAAUCAUUAAGUACAGACGAAAAAAAACCAUACAUACAAGCGUUGAAUGACACUAAAAAUGAAUAUUCUGCUCAAACAAAAAAUUUUGCUGAAAAUUUACCUGAACGACUUAAAUUAGAAUAUUUAUCAUUUAUUAAUCAAACACAUCAUAGUUCACAUGCCAAUGAUAAUACUAAUGAAAGCAUAAAUCCAGUACCAAUACAUCAACGUCGUAAAUCUGUUCAAUCGUUACCGGAAAAUUUGAAUUUUAGUACAAAUGAUAAUCAACAAAAAUUAACUCGAAUUCAAGUUGAGGAAUUACAUAAAUGUAAACCAAAUGUUCUUUAUUAUGAAAAAAAAUUUUCGGAUAAUGAAAAACCAACAUUUGUAAAUUCAAUGGCAAAAAAUACUUAUAUGCGAUCUUUAUUUAAUCAAUUAAGUGAAAAGAAAAGACAUAAGUUAAUAUUAAAAGCAACUACAAAGUGGCAAGAAUAUCUUGAAUUAUAUCCAACAAUAACUGAACAACAAAUUCCAACAAUUCAUUUAUUAUUAGGAAAAAAUGAUGAUAUACAUUAUUAUUUUUCGUCACUUGGUUUACCAGCACGACCACCAACAACUGCACUUCAAUUAUAUAAUAAUGAAAGACAACAAACAGAUUCACAACAACAUUGGGCUGAUUUAUCUCAAACAACAAAAGAUGAAUAUAUAAAACGUUUAUCAAAACUUAAACAUGAAUAUCAUCAACAAUUUAUUGAUUUUGUUGAAAAAACUUUACCAUCAGAUUAUAUAAGAUUGGAAUUUUUUCGUAAUAUUAAAUAUGCAGCUAAAGAUUAUGACAUAGCUAUAAAAGAUCGAAUUAAUGAAAAAGAUGAUAAACAAUUAAAAAUUACUCAAUAUUUAGUACAAAAACAAAAACCAGAUACUAAUAUUAUCAAUGAAUUUGAACGAAUAAAACAAGAACUAUUAUCAACUAAUUUAACAAAGGAACAGAAAAAACUUGUUGAACGACUUGGACUAAUUAUGAAUAAAUAUAUAGAUGAAACAACAACAUCAAAGAAAAAUCCUUCCAAAUCGAAAAGUUCAACAGAGGUUAAAAAACUCGAUAAUGAUGGCAAUACUAAUUCAAGUUCAUCUAAACGUCAAUCAACUAAAUCUGAUGAUGUUAUUAUAAUCAAUGGUGAAAUUUCAAGUGACAAUGCUGAACUUAUAGAACAAGUUGUUCAUAAAAAAAAGAAAAAACAUAAACGAAAUAGAAGUGAAAUGGAAGAAACGAAUACAAUUAACGAUAAUAAUGAUAAAGAAAAACAAAAUUUAUCAUCUCCACCAACAAAAAAGCGAAAAUAA